GCUGGGGUGGACAAACGCGGAUCAACAAUAGUGCGCGCUGAAUGAAAACCGAAAUAGAAACUGAUAUGCUUUGACAGUUGCGAAUAUUUGCAGAUACGACAGGAGGCCAUGUUGACGUGUGAAAUCUGCGGUGAGGGUGUGAUAUCAGAGGCAGACAUGAGGACACACCUUCUCCUCAGCCACCUGGAGAACGAGAUGCGCUGCCCGCUUUGCUCCCUGGCCGGCGUCUCCUAUGACGAGCUCCAUUUCCACAUCCACACAGCCCACGCAGAACGGGGAGACCAAUCCACUCGGAAGCACAGGGGCACCGCAGCCGGUCAGGCUUGCACUAAGGCCGGCGGGUCUGACACGGUGGCCAAUGGAGGCAGCCCCAGUAGGACGUGUAGCGGGGCCAGCCCCGAUAGGACAGCCAACGAGCCCAUCUCUGAUAGGGCGGCCGGCGGGGGUCUCUCAGGCCUGGCAGCCGAAGAGCUGCUCGGAGGCACCUUUGGAAACAGACUUAGCUCCAGGGUGGGCGGUUUGCCAGAUCAGACAUCAGCACAUGCAGAGGAACUUGCCUGUCCUGUCCUUGGUGGGAGCCCAAGAGCCCCCCACUGUGCUGGUGAGGAGAGCAAGGGAAACAGAGAGGAGCCAAUCAGAACAAAACAGAAGCGCCUCUUCUCUCCUAUGAAAGAGAAGUGCUUCCCAUGCCCAGUGUGCCCUCUGGUGUUCAGCAACUGCUUCAUCCUGCAAGAACAUGUGGAGCUGCACCUGCAGGAGCAAGGGGUAGCCGAAGGCGGCCAUGCGCAGCAUUACGAAUGCCCUCUGUGCUCGCUGACCUGCGCAGACAGCACCUCACUGCAGCUGCACGUGGAGCUCCAUCUGGAGGGCAGUGCGGCCAGAGGGGCAGAAGGUGCUUGCUCAGACCUGCAAUUGGCCAAACAGCUUCAGGAGGAAGAGGAGCGGAAGAGGAAGGUGGAGGAAGACAAACGUGAAGCAGAGGAGUUCAAGAAGCUACAGAGGCAGUUUGGGCUAGAUGGAAGCGGCGGCUACCGCAAGCAGAUAGAGAAGAACCUGGAGAGGGCGGUGUCUCGUGGUCACAUGGCCCCCGCCGAGUUCCACAGGAAGAGGGCGGAGGUGAUGGAAUCCCUGGCCUCAGGGAUCGAUGACGGAAGGACCAGAACAUCGGGUUUGAUGGCAGCCCUGUAUGAGUAUUAUCUAAAGGAGGGGCGUGACUGCGCCCACGUGUGGCUGAGCGCAGAAACUGACCACUACUCGUCCUCUGAGGGAGACCGGGGCUGGGGUUGUGGCUACAGAAACUUCCAGAUGCUGCUGUCAUCACUGCACAGGAUGGACGCCUAUAAGCACUGUAACAACGAAGGGAGAAUUCCCAGCAUCCCCCAGGUGCAGGCCCUGAUAGAGCAGGCCUGGCGGGAGGGGAUGGACCCCCAGGGGGCGUCCCACUUCAACGGCCGGCUGCAGGGCUCACGCGCCUGGAUCGGGGCAACCGAAAUCUACUCCCUCUUCACCUCCUUAGGAGUCAGGGCGCAUCUUAUGGACUUCCAUCAGCCCACUGGCUCAGGGAACACCCACCCCCGCCUCUUUGAGUGGGUGAAGAGGUACUUCUCCCAAUCAGCCUGCAGGGGCACCAGGCUGCCCCCCAGGGUCGUGCAGACCACACAGCCCCCCAUAUACCUACAGCACCAAGGUCACAGCCGCUCCAUUGUGGGUAUAGAGCAGAAGAAGAACGGCAGCUUCUGCCUCCUCAUCUUCGACCCCGGCUGUCCCCCGGGGGACAUGAGGAAGCUGCUGGCCCGUGACGGCGUCACCUGCGCAAGCCUGCGGCACCUCAGGAAAUUCCUUGGCGGCCUGAAGCACAAUCAGUACCAGAUCGUGGCUGUAGAGGGCGUGCUUUCACCAGAGGAGAAACGGACACGAAUUGCGAACUCCAGAAGCUUGCGUGCAGAGAGAAUUCCAUAAAGCUGGAGCAUGAAAGUGUUUUAUUCAUUUUUA